UGAUUUUAUUAUCUAUUUUACCAGACAUGAUAAAUCAGUGAGAGUGAGCCGACAAAAUUCUCAGUUAUUUCAUCAAAGCUUACAGAAAUGGUCAACUGUUUAACCAAUCUCGGCACGCACGUGCCCGUCCCACGGUCACGUGACUACUCUGAUGCCGUUCACUUUUCGCGGCCCUCUGCAAAUUUUCCGGCCGAUCCCCGGCGGAAUAUCAGCCUGACACGUGUCGGAUUAUCCUACUCACGUGUGAGGAGCUGCAAUGCUCUGCCGGUUGACUUCAAUGGUGGAAAAGGAAUGCAAGGGUUCCAUGAAGUUGAACUCAAAGUUCGAGACUAUGAGUUAGAUCAAUAUGGUGUUGUGAAUAACGCUGUUUAUGCAAGUUAUUGCCAACAUGGUCGUCACGAGUUUAUGGAGAGGAUUGGAGUGAAUGCAGAUGAAGUGGCACGAACUGGCGAUGCAUUGGCUUUAUCGGAAUUGACAAUCAAGUUUCUCGCACCUCUAAGGAGUGGAGACAGCUUCGUUGUGAAGGUGAGGGUGAGCGACACUUCUUCUGUUCGACUCUUCUUUGAACAUUUCAUCUACAAGAUUCCUAGCCUAGAGCCCGUUUUGGAGGCAAGAGCGACAGCGGUUUGGCUUGACAAAAAUUAUCGUCCUGUCCGAAUCCCUGCUGACCUAAAAUCUAAGUUGGUUCAGUUUCAACGGCACGAACAGGCAAAAUGAUGCUGUUCAUCGGCUAAUUCAACUUGGUGGAGUCUUGGGAAGAGACAACAUACAACAAGUUGUUUUUAUCAAAUUUAACCUUUUUAAUUAUGUAUGAUGCUAGUUAUAUUGGCAUCUCUUUGAACUGUUCUUUGAAAUAGAAUUGUGAUAAAUUGAAAUU